CGUCAUUUCCGGGCGGCAAAUCCCCGCGUUGCCGUGGCAACGCGAUGGCGGCGGCUGAGGAGAGCGCUUCGUUAUGGCUGGAGGCUCACGAGGACCCCCUGGCCGGGCUGUGCAGCUUCCCGGGGUGCAUGGCUCUGGUUGAUCUCCAUGGAGACGGCGACCACAAGCUGGUGGUGGGGGUCCCGCGGGAUCCGGGGGGUCCCCGCCUGGCCGUGGUGAGGGGCGCGGGCUCCAUCACCAGCCUGGCUCUGCCCGAGGCUCCGGCGGGGGUGGGGGCUUUCGGCCCCGCUUUUUUAGGGUCGGGGGGCUCCGGGGGGGGGCCCGGGGGGGGCCCCGCGGUGGUCGUGGCCGCCGGCCCCGCCCUCUACGUCUACAGGAACCUGCGACCCUUCUUCAAAUUCUCGCUGCCCCCCCGGCCCCCCGACCCCCUCGAGAGGGACCUGUGGCUCCAGGCUGAGCAGGAUCAGAUCGACCCCCUGAUGCUGAAGGAGAUGUUGGAGGAUUUGAGGGACAAGGCCGAGGUGCCCCUGACGACGCAGUCGCUGCGGCUGCUGGCGCUGCCCCCCCCCGAGCUGGGUCCCUUCGUGGCGCUGCACAAGGGGCGACCCCUGCAGAGACAGACGGUGGUGACGUGUCUGGGGGCGCUGCCGCGGGGGGGCCCCGAGGGGACCCCCGAGUGUCCCGUGCUGGGCACCGAGGCCGGGGACGUGCUGGUGCUGGACCCCGAGGCCUUCACGGUCAUCUGCAAGGGCUGGGUGCCGUCCCCCCCCGCCUUCGUGGUGCCGCGGGGUCCCGGGGACGGGCGCUGCCGGCUGGGGGUGGCCUGCAGGGACGGGACCCUGCGGGGGCUGAGCCGGUCCCGGGAGCAGGGCAGGAUUUUGGGGGUGCUGGGCUCGCGCCCCGCCGGGCUGAUCCCACAGGACGGGGGGCUCCUGGCUGCCACCGCCGACGGGACCCUGCAGGCCUUCAGCCCCCAGGGCCGCCGGCUCUGGGCGCUGCGGCUGCCGGGACCCAUCUCGGGGCUGGCGGGGGCGGCGCUGCCCGGGAGGGGUCUGGGGCUGCUCUGGUGGCUUUGGGGACCCCCCCGGGACCCUCGGGGAGCUGCGGCUCUACCGGGGCAGGACCUUGCUCUGCACCCUCAAAACGCAGGAGGUGGUGACCGGGCUCUGCUUUGGGCGCUACGGGCGGAGGAGAACACCCUGCUGUGCACGACCCGAGGGGGCGCUCUGUCCAUCCGGAUGCUGCGGCGCCGCGCGGAUUUGGGGGGGGGUCGCGGGGCGCGAGGACGCCCCCCGUGA